CAGCUCUUGUGGGGGUGGGCGGCGGGGAUGACAGCAGCGGGGGUGGCUGCGGCUGCCGCGCAGGGCUGAGCGAGCCGCGAGCGAGCCGGGGGAAGAGGAGGAAGUGGAGCCGCGGCCCCGAGCUCCGGAGUCAGCCGACGCGCGGAGGUCCGCCCCAUUUUGCAGAGCGAGCCGAGUCCGGACCUGGGAAGACUUCUCCGCCGGGCUUCGGCCGCCGCGGCUCUGCGUGUCCUCGCCUGCGCCCUGCCCCGCCUGCCCCAGCCCGGGGUUCUGUGCCGGGACGCUCCCAGCCCCGCGAUCCGGGGCGUCGCGGCUGGGACGCCCUGAGCUCCCGACCCGAUCCAGUGCCCUGGGGCGGGAAGCUCCUGGCCCACCGUACUGGUCUAUGGUUGCGGGCUUGUACCCUGCCUUUCUGUAGUGUGUGUCGGAGCCCCCGGACCCGGGUUAAGACGGGUGCCCACAGCCUCCCGACCGAGUGCAACGGAGCCCAGAAGCCCCCAGACUCUGGCUCCCGAGACCCAAACCUUCAGCUGCCUUCCGCCCGGUGCUUCGGACUUGGGACCGUGCGAACGCCCAGGAAACCCCGGCCCGGGUCCAAGCACCCCGUGAGGGGUCCCAAGCCUGCUGGGCAGUUGGACUGAGCCGGACCGAGCUGGUGCUGCGAGCCGAAGCUGUCACCUUUCUGCCGCCCCAGGCGAGGGCUCAGCGUUUGCCCCGAAGAAGGGAUCACAGGCCACCCCACCACCACCACCCCUGCCCGGCGGCCGGCGAGAGCCGAGAGCCGAGAGCUGCAGGCCAUAGGCAGUCUUGUGAUGCAGCCCCAGAUCCUACAGAUGAGGGAAUCAAGGCUCAGAGAAGUGCACUGGUGUACCUAAGGUCACACGGCAGGAAAGCCCCUGGCAGGUUUCACAGUAGAGGAUGGACGCCACGUUUGAGUUUCAGCUGUCCCAAGGAAGUGACACCACCACCUCCGUGGACAGGACAUCCUCAAGAGCCCUGCUCACAGCCGCUGCUACCUUCUCCCAGGACCGGCCAGGGGCCUCAUGGGUGCCUGAGGGCCGGGCGCCAGGGCCGCACGCAAGAGCAUGGUGAGACACCAGCCCCUGCAGUACUAUGAGCCACAGCUGUGCCUCUCCUGCCUCACGGGCAUCUACGGCUGCCGCUGGAAGCGCUACCAGAGAUCCCACGAUGACACCACACCGUGGGAACGCCUCUGGUUCCUGCUCCUCACCUUCACCUUUGGCCUCACACUCACCUGGCUCUACUUCUGGUGGGAAGUCCACAAUGACUACGAUGAAUUCAACUGGUACCUCUACAACCGCAUGGGCUACUGGAGCGACUGGUCUGUGCCCAUCCUCAUGACCACAGCUGCUGCCUUCACCUACAUCGCGGGCCUCCUGGUCCUGGCACUAUGUCACAUCGCCGUGGGGCAGCAGAUGAACCUACACUGGCUGCACAAGAUGGGGCUGGUGGUCAUCCUGGUGUCCACGGUGGUGGCCAUGUCGGCCGUGGCCCAGCUGUGGAAGGACGAGUGGGAGGUGCUGCUGAUCUCCCUGCAGGGCACAGCGCCAUUCCUGCAUGUGGGGGCCCUGGCCGCCAUCACCGCGCUCUCCUGGAUUGUGGCAGGACAGUUCGCCCGUGCAGAGCGGUCCUCCUCCCAGGUGGCCAUUCUCUGUAUCUUCUUUGCCAUGGUAUUUGCCUUCUACCUGGCCCCUCUCACCAUCUCAUCUCCCUGCAUCAUGGAGAAAAAGGACCUGGGCCCCAAGCCUGCCCUCAUUGGCCACCGUGGGGCUCCUAUGCUGGCCCCAGAGCACACAUUGAUGUCCUUCCGGAAGGCCCUGGAGCAGAAGCUGUAUGGGCUACAGGCUGAUGUCACCAUCAGCCUGGAUGGCGUGCCCUUCCUCAUGCACGACACCACCCUGCGGCGCACCACCAACGUGGAGGAGGAGUUUCCGGAGCUCGCCCGCAGGCCCGCCUCCAUGCUGAACUGGACCAUCCUGCAGAGGCUCAAUGCCGGCCAGUGGUUCCUGAAGACGGAUCCCUUCUGGACGGCCAGCUCUCUGUCACCCUCCGACCACAGGGAGGCCCAGAACCAGUCCAUCUGCAGCUUAGCAGAGCUCCUGGAGCUGGCCAAGGGCAAUGCCACGCUGCUGCUCAACCUGCGUGACCCACCACGGGAGCACCCCUACCGUGGCAGCUUCCUCAAUGUCACGCUGGAGGCCUUGCUGCGCUCUGGGUUCCCCCAGCACCAGGUCAUGUGGCUGCCUAACAGGCAGAGGCCCUUUGUGCGGAAGGUGGCUCCUGGCUUCCAGCAGACAUCAGGUUCCAAGGAGGCGGCCGCCAGCCUGCAGAGAGGCCACAUCCAGAGGCUGAACCUGCGCUACACUCAGGUGUCCCGCCAGGAGCUCAGGGACUAUGCAUCCUGGAACUUGAGUGUGAACCUCUACACGGUCAAUGCACCGUGGCUCUUCUCUUUGCUGUGGUGUGCAGGAGUCCCAUCUGUCACCUCCGACAACUCCCAUACCCUGUCCCAGGUGCCUUCCCCUCUCUGGAUCAUGAGAUCAGCGAUGGCAUGGAGGUUUCCGAUGAGCUCUCUGUAUGUUCAGACAACAGCUAUGACACGUAUGCCAACAGCGCUCCCACCCCUAAGGACAACCGAGGGAGUGGCAGCCGCACCAAGACUCUCACAGACCGGAGUGGGCGUUAGCCGAACCCUGUUUGUCCCAGCCUGUACCUGUACGUGGAGACCAGGGGACCCAAGAGAGCGGGCAGAAGCAUGUCUGGACCUGGAGUGCUCUGGGAGCUGGCUCCACGGCCUCCUCGUUGGCUCCGGCCCCCGUCAGCCAUGGCCCCCCUUGAAGGGGACUCCCCUCUCUCCUGAGGCCCAGCCAGGUCAGAACUCCAGCCUCGCAGAGGCCCCUGCUGGCCUGGGGCCCCUUCUGGGAAGUCUGGGGCCCAGGGCCUGGUCCUCCCCCAGAGGCCUUCCCUUGCAUCCUGAUCUGGAAGCUCUGAUGGCUCGCUGCUGGGCUGUGUUGCAGUUAAGGAUGUGGAUGUCCACAUGUGUCCAUCCUCCCUUCUAUGCUGAGGUAGCCGACUUCUUUGGUGUCUCCUGCCUUGAGGGCCUGGGCUGGGCCUCUGCCCCCAGCAGCUGUUCUUCACAUCAGUCUCAAAGCACAAGGAGGUUCAGCCCAAGAAGAAAGCCUGCUGUGGUGGAGACACUCCUCCCUGACCAGCCUCCUACCACCACUGGCCCUGCCUCAGGAGAGGGACUGAGCCAUGUCCCCAGGAACAGCUGGAGAUGGCCAGGAGAAUAGGCCUAAGGCUGCUUUAUCCCUCGCCCUCGUGUCCAACAGACUUCUAGGGCAGAGUGGCACAGAGGCCCAAGAGAUCUGCAGACUGAUACAACCUCAGGUUUCCACAUCAGUGGCCACAGGGCAUUGGCCACCUAGGAAGAAUGUCCUAGGCAUGGCCAAGGAGGCCUACAGCAGAGCAAGCCUGACAGCCUUGGCCAAUAUGAUUAAAGCUGCCAUCCUGACA